AUGGUCUCCAGGCGGGCUGCGAAGAUCACCUCGAUGGUCAGUGAGCCGUGGAGAUUCCCACCCAGCGAGAGUGCACUUUACGACAGGGAGAAGAAUCCGAAUGGAAUCAUAUCUUUCGGAACGGCGGAGAACAUACGCAUCCCCAAGUGUGCUUUCACAUAUGCAUACUCCAGCCCGUGCUCCCCUACACUCACUGGUCCAAUGUCUGAGUAUAUCAACAUGCAUUUCAAGCCUUAUGCUCCCGUCUUGCCUUCCCACAUUGCGGUUGCAGGCGGCGUCACCGCACUCAACGACGUCUUGAGCUUCAUUCUUGCGGAGCCCGGUGAUGCUAUUCUGGUCAACCGCCCAACGUACGGUCGAUUUGAGGUCGACUUUUGCAGUAGAGCGGACGUGAAGACUGUGUAUGCGGAGGCUGAGCCGCUGGAGGCGUUCAAGGUGGGAGUGGCAAAGAAAUAUGAAGAAGCGCUGUUGAGAGAGGAAAAAAAGGGAGUGCGAGUGAGAGCUCUGAUCAUAGUCAACCCGCAUAAUCCAUUAGGGCGGUGCUAUCCUCCGGAAACUAUACGAGAAUUGAUGAGUUUCUGCCACGAACGCAAGAUUCAUUUCAUCAGCGACGAAAUAUAUGCACUCUCCGUAUUUGACUCUGGUGAACCCGGGGCUAUUCCUUUCACCUCAGCAUUGAGCAUCGAUCCGGCUGGACUGCUGGAUGAGAAGUACAUCCAUGUCACGUAUGGAAUGGCCAAGGACUUCUCUGCUCCUGGACUCAAGCUUGGGUUCCUGAUCACCCGAAACGAGCAAAUUCGACGGGGAGUAGGACCGGCUAGGUAG